CCCCUGAUCCGAAAAGCCGCGUCUCCAAAAGCGCUUUUCACGUCGCCUCAUCUCCAAAAGCGCUUUUUCUACGUCGCCUCAUCUCCCCCCCCCCCCCCCCCCCCCCUCUCUCUCUCUCUCUCUCUCUACUAAACACACACCACUAAGAAGAAGAGGAAGUGGCCUUGGUACGUGUUAUUGGUUUUGAGUGGGAACAGGGGAGAAAAGGAAGAGAAAGGGAGCUCCUUUACGCAAUGCUUCGUGGGUUUCGCUUUUGAGCUUUUGGAGUAAAGGGCGCGCGUUUUGGGGGCGGCCCCAAAAAACCCACAUGCAAUUCCGCGGCGAUUUCCUCUUCUUCCUCGGAUUGGUUUUCGGGUUCUCCGCGCUUCUUUGGGGACCUCAUGAGUGGGGAUUUGGGUUUGCCCACAACCUGUUUGUGGGAUUGCCUCUGUUGGUUUUGGGCUCUAGAGUGCGGGGUCUUAGUCGCCGCUGUGACGAAUUCGAAGGGAUUUUAGGGAACUUUAGGAAUUCAUCGAGGAAUCGGAGAAGUGGGCUUUGUUUGGAUGGUGGUGUUUGUGCUCUGUGUGGCUUAAAAAUCUCAUCUUGGAAGGGUUUUAAUGGAGGGAAUUGCAUUACUUGUAUCAGAAUGAGAGAUUUACUUAGGGAUUUUGAAGAAAAGGAAGGAGAUGAGGAUGAAGGAGGAGAAAGGGGGGACUUUGAUGAAGAUAAGAAAGAAGAAGACAUGGUGUUCAAGCUAAGAAAGGUGAUCGAGAGAGAGCGAAAGCUUCGAGAAGAGGCGUUGGAGGAGUUGGAGAAAGAGCGGAAAGCGGCUUCUUCCGCGGCCGACGAAGCGAUGGCGAAGAUACUGAGGCUUCAGGAUGAGAAGGCGCUGAUCGAAAGAGAGGCUCGGCAGUAUAGAGAGAUCGCCGAGCAGAAGCAAAUGUAUGAUCAGCAAGUUAUUGAGUCGCUGCGGGGGGUUGUGUCGUGGCUCGAAGCCACAAUGGAUGAGGUAUUGAGUUACGAAAGUCCACAGAUAAUCCUAUCAUCUCGCAAGCGAAAAUGCGUCGAAAACUAAUGGAAUUGGUGCAUGAUUUUGGGUUUACUGAUCCUUCCACUUCGCGACUUCAUAUUGAGAGUCAAUUGAAGGGUCUGCCACAAUGCGGUGCUCGAUUCGCGUUAUAGAUACUGUAAGUAUGCGGAACUUCGGUAUAUACAUUAGCUACUGUGAAUAAUCAGUUUUAGUGAAAGUAAUUGCUCAAUGUGAUCAUCAGGAUAGUACAUAUCAUCAUGUAUCACUUGUUUCUCUUUGACAGUGACUUGAUAAUGCUUCAGUACCUAUUGAAGUUCAUUUUCUAGCUCUUAUAGUCUCUAUGAUGUUCUUCA